AUGAUCUACGGACUCUGGCCAUUGCUAAAAGACGGACAUCUUGAUCCACAUUACUACAAUUGUUCGGGUCACACAAGAGAGGAAUGGUUUGCAAAGGGAAGACCGAGACCACUAUUGGCAAUCUACUUGGAAGUAACUGGAACAGUUUUCAUGCUCUUUUAUGUCCUCUCCUUAAUCGGAAUGAUCAAAGCGAAAUUGAUUUUGAAAUCGCCUUGCUAUGUGAUCAUGGUGUUCAUGGGGAUUGGUGAUUUGACGAUGAUUGUGAUGAGCUCGUGGAUAAGUGGGUAUUUGAUGUGGAUUGGUGCUGUCUUUUGCACAAAUCAACAUUUAAUCUAUACGACAGGAACACUUGGGCUUGGAAUGUGGUCUUCAUCUUGUUGUUGCUGUAUCAUGUUGGCGACAAAUCGUCUGGCUGAGAUCGCUGAUUGGCAUUUUGUGACAGAGCUCUUGACAAAGAAGGUGUGCACGGUGAUUUGUGCCCUUGGUCUUUGCUACGGUAUGUCAAUCACCCUCUUCACCCCAUCAGCUCUAUUCCAUUCUCCACUCGGCGCUUGGUUCUUCAACCCUUACACAGAUAACAGUGCAUCGCUCUACUAUGACAACAUUCCACAUCGUGCCAACAAUGCGAUUGUCUCGAUUUUCGCCAUUUUCAUCUAUUCCUAUAUGUGCUAUAAAGCGGCGAAGAAUUGGGGAUGGGCCACUGGGGCAUCAAAAGCUCAGAGAAUGCUUUACAUCCAAGCAUUCAUCAUUUGUUCGACUCACGUCUUAGCUGCUUGGGGUUAUCUUUUUAUGAACUAUGUGCCCGGUUUCCCGCAAUCGCUCAUGGUCUUGGGGCAUGUCGCUUGGCAGUGGAGUCACGGUGUCCCCGGUGUCGUCUAUUUACUCUUAAAUCAAACCAUCAAAACGACAAUCAUUGAAAUGUUUGGUCUAUCAAAAAAGAAAACUAAACCAUAUUUCUUCGGGAAUCACGAAAGUAAAUCUGAAAAAUCGAACACAGAACUCACGAAAAAGACAAGAAGCUCGUUGCAU